UCAAAAGCAAGGAAAAGAAUGGCUCAAGAACAUUGUUUGUUAAGGGCUAACAAGAUCAAUUCGUCCUCUUCUUCAGAGAAUGAAGACUCCCCUGUCAGAUCAAUUUUGUGUUUGAAGAAGAAUGUCUCCAUGGAAGAGUUUGACCAAGUGGAGGACUGCUUCAUCUUGGACUUUGAUCCAUUUGAAUCUGUUGAUCUAUCUGCUAAGCUCUCCCUCAAGAAUGAUGAUGCUCAAGAGAUCUCUGUCAUAUGUCAACGAGGCCAGGUGGCUUGUCGAGAUUAUCCUCAUUCAAGGCAUCUCUGUGCGAAAUUUCCCUUCAACAAAACUCCUCACGAGGAUCACUGUGAACAGUGCUACUGUUAUGUAUGUGAUUCAAUUGCCCCUUGCAAAUCCUGGAAAAAAACAGGAGGAGUAGGACAUUGUGAUGCGACGGAGCAGGGAGCGUUGUGGAAGUACCUGAGGAGACAGAACAAACCAGCACCUCCGCCGACUGCCGCUGACUACUUGUAGAGCUGCUGUGUCAUCCUAGCUUUUUACAUGUAUAUGCUUCUCCAUGACUAUUUGUAAAGUUUGGAAUGUUUGGUGAGCCAUUUUUGCAGCAAUCUAGCAUAUGUAACAUGCUUGAGUUACAUAUGUG